CUCAUUCUCGUGCCGCACCACCGCUGAUUCGUCUGUAUUGUGAGAGUUUCAGUCCCGAUCCGAUCCUCAUCACAAAGAAACUCAAAAUUCCUGACAGUUUUCCAGAGACUUUCCCAGCAGAUCCCGCGCGCGCACAUACACACGCGGCCGCGCAUCUCUCCUCAGACAAUUACGAGAGAAAUCUUUAAGACGCAAGAAAGAAAGCGCGUGUAGCGGACGGGACCAGACAUAUGGACUGGAUCAGAAUCUGAAGAUCGGCAUCAGAUCGUAAAACGCUGGAUAUCGAGCAGCUUCGUCCUUUCCGCGGUGCUGAAAUGAUCUGAUCUGAUCACAGAUCCCCAUCAUCAUCAUCAUCAUCAUCUGGACAGGUGUCUGUUUCACACUGAGCGCUGAUGUUCUUCAUCGAUUGUAAGAUGGUUGAUGUUCUUCGAGGUCGGCGGAGGUUACGGGUGUCUGUCUGUAAGCUGCCCUGUCCGUUCUGUUUCCUGCUGCUGUUUGGGGUUGGAGGUCUGGUGCUCUUCGUUCACCUGCAGGAUCUCUCAGACAUGGGGAUACAACAAACUCCAGCAGUGUGCACAGUUCAGCGAGUCAGCCGGCAGAGUUUCCCAGCGGUCUGAAGAGGGCGACAUCAAGCCCAUCUCACCAAUGCAGCUGCCAGACUUUCACGGGAAACAUCAAUCUGCCACCCCGGGUUCACGUGAGCACGACACGGAGUCACAGCGGGUCACCAAACGCCACCGGAAACUUUUAAAAACCAGCCCAGUGGUACGGGCGCAAACCAACUCUUCAUCUUCACCUUCAUACGCUACAGCUGAGAGCUCUACGGGGCUGAAUGACAUUCAGGAAUCUCGUCGAAGGAUCAUCAGAGAGGUCUGCGCAAAGUACCGUAGUAAUAUUUCCAGGACGAUAACGCCACACCACGUCUCCCGGAUUUACGUGGAGGACCGACAUAAACUGUUGUAUUGCGAGGUGCCUAAAGCCGGCUGCUCCAACUGGAAAAGAGUUCUGAUGGUGCUGGCCGGGGUCGCCAACGCUACCAGUAAAAUCAAUGACAAGGCCGUUCACUACGACAACCACCUGAAACGACUGGAUAGCUUUGACAGGCAGGGCAUCACCAAGCGUCUGCAAACCUACACUAAAGUCCUGUUUGUCCGAGAGCCUUUGGAAAGACUCGUCUCUGCGUACAGGGAUAAAUUCGAGAACCCGAAUUCCUACUAUCAUCCCGUAUUCGGAAAGCCCAUCAUCUCAAAGUACAGGGUGAACGCAUCCAAAGCGGCUUUAAAGACGGGAAACGGGGUCACCUUUCGGGAAUUCAUCCAUUACUUGCUGGACGUCCAUCGGCCCGUGGGAAUGGACAUCCACUGGGAACCGGCAAACCAACUCUGUAAUCCUUGUCACCUGCAUUACGACUUCAUAGGAAAGGUUGAGAACUUGGAAGAGGAGGCCAAUUUCAUUUUACAAAAGAUCAGAGCCCCCGAACACCUGAUGUACCCCUCCGUCAAGGCCAGGACUUCCACCCAGAUCACGCAGGAUUAUUUUUCACAGCUGAACGCCUCUGAGAGACAGAGGGCUUAUGACUUCUUCUACAUGGACUAUCUGAUGUUUAACUACUCUAAACCUUAUAAAGACUUGUACUGAAGCUUAACUAUUGCUGUGCAAAACAUCUGUUGUCCAUUCAAUGCUUCGAAGGGACUAAUAAGACUAAAUCACUUCUCUGAGUUUCACCAUCAGAUCACCUAUACCUAACCCAAAGCAUAUUAAUACAAAAUAAUGUUUUCUUUGCCAAAUGUUCUUGUGUCAUUUGUGGAAAGACCCUGGCCAUCAUACGAGUUUAUCUGCAGUGCAAAUGUGAACAGUAUGAAAUACCCAGAUGAUCUUUAACUUGACAAAGGCUGGAUUUACACUGCAAAUCUUGAUGCCCAAUUCCGAUUUGUUGCUUGUAGCCGAUUUUUUUGAUGACCCGCUUACAUCAUUUUUUUUUUUAAAGCGACUCGUAUUUGAUAUCUGUAUUUACUCACAACACUUGGCAAAACAAAUCAAAGUGGACAUACUGACCCGUAAAAGCUUAAACCUCCAUGAAAAUGUUGUGAUAUGCAAUGGACACAGACAAAAUGAUUAUACAGCUGUAACAUUACUUCACAAAGAUGCACUGCUAAGAUGAGUCAUGUGAUCGCGUGUGGUGUCCACCUGAGUUGAUGUCAUUUGCCAGUGACACAGAGACGUCUUGAGAUGGGAAUAUCUGAUCUGUCAGGUUACAUUGCGGAUGAGAAUGCAUGUAUCCAAUUCAUAUGCGAUUUAUUUACACACAUGAAUCAGGCCUGAAACCGAUUAGAGAAUAUCGGAUUUUAUGCGCUUUUUCCUGCUUACACGUCCAUGGAUCAGAUCUGAUCUGUGCCACAUGAGGGGAAAAUCAGAAUUGAGUCCCUUCAAACAUGCAGUGUGAAUGCAGCCUAACUAUUUCAUCAGCCUGCCAAAAUAUAAAUGUUUUUAAGAUCAUCGGAUGCUAGAUGCUCAAUUAAAAAUGCAAUGUAAUCCUGCAUAUACACACGGCACAGCAUUCAUUCACAGUAUUUUUGCACACAGCACUACACAAGUAGAAAAGGGCAAAUGUAACUUUAACACUAAUAGCUUUCAUCUUACAAAAAGACUCAAUGGUAUUACUGCUUUUUACCAUAGUAGUAUCAUGCUAUUCAUGUUACAGUAAAACCACGAUAACAUUAAUAUGGAAUUCAUAAAAGUACCAUGGUAUCAUCAUCAGAUAUUAUGGUACCUUUACACAACUUUUAUUUCAUACUAUUAUAUACAGUUGUGACCAAAAAUAUUAGCACCCUUGGUAAAUAUGAUCAAAUAAGGCUGUGAAAAUUCAUCUGCAUUGUUAAUCCUUUUGAUUUUUUAUUAACAAAAUUCACAAAAAUGUAUUCUUUUAUUGGAUAAUAAGAAUUUAAAAUGGGGGGAAAUAUGAUUAUGAAAUAAAUGUUUUUCUCUAAUACACAUUGUCCAAAAUUAUUAGCACCCUUUUAUUCAAUACUUUUUAAAACCUCCAUUUGCCAGUUUAACAGGUCUAAAUUUUCUCCUAUAAUGCCUGGUGAGGUAAGAAAACACAUGACAAGAGAUCAGAGACCAUUCCUUCAUCCAGAAUCACUCCAGACCUUUUAGAUUCCCAGCUACAUGUUGUUGCUUCUCCUCUUCAGUUCACUCCUCUCAUUUUCUGUGGGGUUCAGGUCAGAAGAGUGGAAUGGCUUUAGCAGAAGCUUGGUUUUGAGCUCAGUGACCCAUUUUUGUGUUGUUUUUGAGGUUUGUGUUUUGGUUAUUGUACACUUAGAGGAUCCAAACAUGGCCCAUUAUAAGGAUUCUAACAGAGUCAGUCACUUAGGGAUUUUUUAUCUGUUGGUAUUUGAUAGAAUCCAUGAUGCCAUGUAUUUUAACAAGAUGUCCAGAACCUCCAGCAGAAAUAUAGGCCCACAACAUCAAAAACACAGCAGUAUAUUUCAUUGUACACAUGGGGUACUUUUUUUCUCUGUGUUUACCAAACCCAUCUUGAGUGUUUGCUGCUAAAAGCUCAUUUUUUAGUUUCAUCUGACCAUAGAACCCAUUCCCAUUUAAAGUUCCAGUCAUGACUGAUAACUGAAUAUGCUUUAGUUUGUUUUUGAAUGAGCUAGGAGAAUUUUUCUUGUAACCCUCCCAAACAACAUGUGUUGAUGUAGGUUCUGUUUGGCAAUUUUUUAAAAGGUUUUCUGAACCAGAGGCUCAACAAUUUUCUGCAAUUCUUCAUCUGUGACUCUAGGAGAGUCUUUAGCUACUCAAACUCUCCUUCUCACCGUACAUUAGGACGAUAUAGGCAUAGGUUCCCUUUCAGGCAGUUUUGUAACAUUUUCUGAUGGUUGGAAAUUCUUAAUUAUUGCCCUGAUGAUGGAAAUGGUCAUUUUCACUGCUCUAGCUCUUUUCUUAAAGCCACUUCACCAAUUUGUGAAGAUCAAUUAUCUUUUGCUGCACAUCAGAAAUAUAUUCUUUGGUUUUUCUCAUUGUGAUGGAUGAUUAAGGGAAUUUAGGCUUUGUUUCCCCUCCUCUUUAUAUUUUUGUGAAACAGAAGCCAGAGCUGAAUGAUUUUGUGUUUACAAUCAUGCUGGAGUUCUGAAAAUUGUGAAAAUGAAUGGAAAUAUACUUCAGACAUAUUUUACCAAUAAGAAUUUCUAGGGGGGCUAAUAAUUCUGUCCAACGAGUAUUUGAGAAAAACAUUCAUUUCAUAAUGAUAUUUC